GGUACUCUAGGACACUGUGUGUGUGUGAUGUCACCAGCGAUUUUCAUCUAAAGUGGGUUCGGAAAAGCGGCAAACAAACGACGUCACGCAUACUACUUAGCCUUGCGACGAACUUUGAUAGUCGACAACACAGCUAGAUACUGCAGCCGGUGAGAUUCAAAUUCGCGUUAUCUUGAGUUUCUUGAUAGUCACAAGGCAAGUCGUUUAGGGAGUUAGUUGGAACUGUCCUUCACAUGUUUGUAGCUUGUCGCAGUCUUCAGGCUGUUUCAAAAGUUGUACCAUCUACGGUUUCGGGUAUUCAAAGACGGCUUCUUGCCAGUAUGAGUUCAGCAAACAAAUUUGAUUUGCCUGACCGGUACAGAGGAUCCGAAAAAAGUGUCUGGGUCGAAUAUAUUCAACUGGCCCAAGAAACUCAGCCGUUGAAUCUUGGACAAGGCUUUCCAGACUUUGCUGCUCCUGAACAUGUUACUAAAGCGUUAGCAGAGGUGUGCACAGGAGAAAAUGUUUUAAUGAAUCAAUAUACAAGGGGUUUUGGACAUCUCAGACUGGUAAAAGCUCUGAGCCAACUUUAUUCCAAGUUGAUUGGCCGUACAAUUAACCCUGCAACUGAAGUACUUGUUACUGCUGGAGCCUACGAAGCCCUCUUUUCAACUAUCAUGGGCCAUACUGGUCCUGGAGAUGAAGUCAUUAUCAUUGAACCAUUCUUUGACUGCUAUGAGCCAAUGGUGCGAGCUGCAGGUGGAAUUCCCAAAUUUAUCCCUCUUAAACUGGUUAAACCAUCUGGUAGUGGCCCUGUCUCAUCUGGUGACUGGAAAUUGGAUGUGGAUGAACUGUCUUCAAUGUUUAAUUCCAAAACAAAAUCAAUCAUUCUAAAUACCCCUCACAAUCCUAUUGGAAAGGUCUUCACCCAGGAAGAGCUGACAGUCAUUGCAGAUCUUUGUAAGAAAUGGAACGUGUUGUGCAUUUCAGAUGAAGUUUAUGAGUGGCUUGUCUACAAGCCCUACAAGCAUAUUAGAAUUGCUACUCUUCCUGGCAUGUGGGAUCGUACCAUAACAAUUGGAUCUGCAGGGAAGACAUUCAGUGUUACUGGCUGGAAGACAGGUUGGGCAUACGGACCAGCAAACCUCUUGAAAAAUGUCAUGACUGUUCAUCAGAAUUGUGUAUACACCUGCACAACCCCUGUUCAGGAAGCAGUUGCAAGAGGAUUUGAAUUGGAGAUGUCAAGAAUGGAUUCCCCUGAAUGCUACUUCUAUAGCUUGGCUGAAGAACUCUUGCCAAAGAGAGAAUUGAUGGCUAAAUUCUUAAGUGAUGUGGGCAUGGUUCCAACAAUUCCUGAAGGCGGAUACUUUAUGAUAGCAGACUGGUCACCUCUUGCAAACAAAGUUGAUCUAUCUCAGGAGGUAGAUAAGUACAGAGACUACAAAUUUACCAAGUGGAUGUCUAAAAAUAUCAAACUUCAAGGUAUACCGCCAUCAGCUUUUUACAGUGAGCCCAAUAAGCCACUCAUUGAAGAUUAUGUGCGUUACUGCUUCAUAAAGAAAGAUGAAAACCUCCACAAGGCAGCAGAAAUUCUUCAAAAAUGGAAGGGAAGCAAUUAGUUCAUAGGAAAGCAAAAACCUCAGAUUGAAACUUGGAUCUAUCUGUGUUCCAUCAUUACUCUUCUGUAAAAAGAAUCUAUGUGAUAUGUGAUAUCUAAAUAGUUACUAUUGUUGAGAUUUAUGUACCUUUCUGAUUGCUGAACUGCAAUCAGCUGUAAUUGAUUCUCACAUUAUUUCGUGUUGUGAUCAUUUUAAGUUAUAUUUUUACAUGUUACAUAUUUUUUUUCAUAAUUGUUCAUUUACUUUUUAAAUAUUCCUGAAGAGUGUUUUACUUACAGAAUAAAAAUUGCCUGUUUACUUUC